UUCCCGCUAUUGGGAGAUGAGAAUGGACUUUGUCUCAGUUCCUCUUGCGAGGCGAAGGUCUGUGUGAUGUGUAGCGCUUUGGGGUGCGGGGGGGUGAGCACUUAAAAUAACUCGGUGACGUUUUGUUUAGACCACCUCUUGAGUGGUACACCUGAAGAGUCGGUUUGGGCGCGGAGCAGGGGACUGAGUCCAGUCGAGCGGAGGAAAUGGUUUCUUGUUUAUAAUUUGACAUAUCUUUGGGGUGUUGUCCAAAUAAAAAAGGAAGUGGCCUUGAACUCUGCCGAGGAAUCCGGACAACAUGCAUGGGAGCAGUUCGGAUGAUACUGAACGAGCUGUCAGCAAUACCGACGCCCACGUCGGUAGGGCGUCCAAAAAGGGCACCGUUGUGGAGCGAGUGUCCAGAUACGGCAUGCAGGUCAUGCCCGUGCCCGGCGCUUCGCAGCGUAGGACGAGGCUGCACAGGCAGCAAGAAGUCUCUGACAGCUCCGCUCCGGAGAAAGAGUCGAUCACAGCCGCUACGCGUAAAAAAUACCUGAAGGAGCUGCUUCUGGGCAACUCGUCGAACAGCGGGUUUAGCAGCGUGCUGGCUGAACAAACCUACAGCCGCUCCUCCGAGCAGGACACAGACUGGGCUUUGUAUCCGAUGGAGCACGCGUGGAUGCUCUCAGCGGUGGAGGGCACCUAUGAAACCAUAAUGGACUUCAUCUCUGAGGACCCCCAGCUGUUAACCAGGAGGGAUUUCAUCAGCGGUUACUCGGUCCUGCAUUGGCUGGCCAAGAAGGGACAGGACGAGACUCUGAUCAAACUUUUGCGCUACGCACAAAGUGCGGGCAUCCCCGUGAAUGUGAACUUGAAGGGCAGCGGUGGGCUCACGCCUCUGCAUGUCGCCAGCAUGCACAGCCAGUACAUGGUCAUCAAGCUGCUGGUCGGAGCGUUCAAUGCCAACGUGGAUGCUAUGGAUUACAACGGAAAGAGGCCCUGGCAGUACCUGAAGGAAGACGCCCCGCUGGAGAUGAAGGAGCUGCUGGGGACCUGGGACGAAGAGCACAGCUGGGGAUGCGCGCAAUUUGUCAACAAGAAUGGCAACAACAACUGCGCUGGCGCAGUGAACUUUACCGCAUGUGACGAGGUCGAUGGAGAGGGGGCAGAGGAAAUGAAAUACUUUGACCAGACUAAGACGAGGGGCGCCUGGAGGUUUGGGUCUUUUAGAAAGCUGCUACCCUCCUUCCCAUUUCUUGGAAGCAAAACAUGAGUGGGGAAUGACACAAGCUUUCAAAUAUGUGCAUCACUCCACUGUUUUGUGGUCCUUUAGUUUCAGACACCGCAAGUCUUGUUUUUGGGUAAUUUUGCCUAUUCAAGCCCUAAAGAACAAGUAAAAUAUUAAUGCUGCAAGAACGUCCAGUUUUUCAAAUGUUUUCCAGAAUCAUAAUUCUGCUUUUUAUUAGGGCAUGUGAUUUAUCCCUGUGUACAAUUACUAAGACAGAUUUCUGAAGGCUUUUGGGUUUAAACAGGCACAAAUUCAGUGAGAGAGCCAACAUAAUUGAUCACUAAGAGGAAUUUUUCCAAUCGUUUGAAAUGAAGUUGCUUCCAAUGUCCACACAAACCUAAAUGAUACAUUUUCUCCUUAAAAAGCUGCUUUAAAUGGUGUGUGGACUUUCUCUGGACUCUAGAACAGUGUCUUUCUGCUUUAUGCCCUGACUUAUUUGCUCUGCUUGUGUCAACUAUUAGUAAUUGUUUGCACAGCAGCUUUUCCCCGCCCAGUUUGAGCACUCUGAAGUAACUUUUCAUAAUCCUGAUGAGGUUUUCUUAAAUAGUUGGAUAGUCCUCUAGCCUAAAUAACAGGGCUCAAAUUCACAUCAAACUAUAAGUGAAUACAGUUUUCCAUGAAACAGCAAUUCAGAAGUGUUUGCUGUGUGGUCACUGACUGAAACUACUUUCAGUCUAAGUGCUUCUCUUUGUGCAGAGUUGUCAGACUGGCCCCUCCUCCAUGUUUGAUUUUCCUGAGAAAACAGCCUGUAAAUACACUUUGAGGGAAAAAGAAAAAAAAAAAAAAAGACUGUACAGCAGCAUUUCAAG